UUUUAUUUUUCGUUGCUAUUGCCUUUUUCUCUAUAUUUUAAAUGACAUCAGAAUUUAUUGUUCCAGGUAUACUGACAGACAUCCAGGGUUACUUCCACAUAGGCAAUAGCGAUGGCGGGUUACUACAGACAGCCUUCGUGCUAAGUUACAUGAUUUUCGCGCCUCUGUUCGGUUACCUUGGUGACAGAUACAGUAGGCGGUGGAUCAUGGCUGCUGGGGUCUUUUUGUGGAGUCUCACGACUUUGUGUGGCUCCUUUAUGACCCAAUUCUGGUGGUUCGUCUUCUUCAGAGCCCUUGUUGGUAUCGGAGAGGCCAGCUACUCCACGAUAGCUCCAACGAUCAUCAGUGAUCUGUUCGUUGGGGAUGUCAGGUCAAAAAUGUUGGCCUUGUUUUACUUCGCCAUUCCAGUUGGAAGCGGUUUAGGUUACAUAGUAGGUAGCGAGACAGUGAAAGCCAUGGACCACAAGUGGCAAUGGGCGCUACGUGUGACCCCAGCUUUAGGUCUGAUCGCUGUAGUGCUGAUCAUCAUAGCUCUGGAAGAACCUGAAAGAGGCCAGAGCGAAGGUAGUGGCCAUAUGGAACCAACGCCUUGGACUGAAGAUAUUAAAGAUAUUGUACAGAAUCGUAGUUUUAUGUUUUCCACUGCCGGUUUCACCUGUGUUGCCUUCGUCGCCGGUGCCUUGGCUUGGUGGGGACCCACUUUCAUCGAAAUGGGCAUCAUGCUGCAAGCUGGAGGACAAACAGUUGAUUCAGAUAGUACGUCGUUCAUCUUUGGCGCGAUCACGAUGGUCGCCGGUAUCGCGGGCCUCUCAUUGGGCGCGAUGCUCAGCCAAUGGCUGAAGCCCACGUACCGCAGAUGCGACCCAAUCAUCUGCGGCUGCGGCCUGAUCUUCAGCGCGCCGUUUCUUCUUGCCACGACGUACGCCUGCACCAGGGACACGCUGCUCUGCUACGUUUUGCUGUUCAUUGGACAAGUGCUGCUUAACUUGAACUGGGCGAUAGUCAGUGAUAUACUGCUGUACGUAGUACUGCCAACCAGACGAUCGACAGCUGAGGGCUUCCAACUGCUUGUGUCACAUGCCCUAGGGGAUGCAGGCAGUCCCUACUUAAUAGGAGUUUUAUCAGAAGCAUUUAUCAUUGGAAUGAAGGAUAACAAUGAAAGUCCAGAUGUUAAUAAGUUCAAAUCGCUGCAGUAUGCGUUGUUUUCGACGUGUUUCGUCGAAGUGAUAGGUGGUCUGUUCUUCCUUAUCACAGCUUUCUACAUUGUCAAGGACAAACAUAAAGUUGAAGAAGCUGUACAUGGCACAACACAUCACGAGCAAAUAGUACAGGAAGAACAAGUACCGAUGGGUAAUGAUGUAAAAUAAGAGCAGGGAAUUCCAGACAGCUGCUAGUGAACAACGCUGACACUGACCAAUCCUGAUUCGUAGUGUAUUAAUUUAUUUGAGAAAAUGGAAAGUUCUUUCGAAUUUGAAUCGUCUGUCCGUUGAUUUACUUGAUGUGCGUGUUUGUGAAUGUAUGUCGAACUCCGUACUAUACCACGAUAACUAUUUAAAAGACGUUUUGUACUAUUUGUAACAUAAUGCUUAUUCUGUACAUAAUAAUGUGUUCUUUAAGGUAGGAACACAUCGUCAUGUCAUCUGAACUCACGAGCUCAAACUGACUAGAUAUAAUAAACUCACGGUGGAACCCUGCUUACGCAAAUAGGGGCGUGUAUUUAGGAAUAUAUUAGUGCCACCUUAGACAGCCAUGCUUCCAUCAAUUUAUAUUUUGAUACGUGAGUUUGCGUAAUGGCUCAUGAGUUUACAUGACAUAACCAUAAUGUUUUCCGCCUUUAUAAUUGAGUAUUUUCAAGGGAAUUUCGGUGGAAAGUGAUUCCUUGCAAGUAAUCAGAUUCACUCUAUACAAUACUUUGUUAAAAAACAAGAAGUUGAAUUGUUGAGUAACUAAUGAAAUGACAUAUAGGUUUAUUUGAACAGUCGUUUUUUUGGGCGGGAUUCUUAUACACCAAAUAACUCAAGGCUCAGAGACUUUUUCUGCACCUUUCCUUGGAGAGAUGUUUGUCUCGCUGACCCGGCUGGCUGUUCGUCAAUAACCGAAAUUAUCCACGUUAGGAUGUAGGAAGACAUCGUGAGACACUGCUCGUCGGCAGAAGAAUGAGAUAGAUAGAACCUUCUUACACUGUAGAGAUAAUACCUAGCCUCGGUGCUGCCACUCCUACUACGUUAUCCAUACUCGAUGAUAUUCAGGAGGGAUAUGCGACUCAAUGACUGUUCUCUAGCUGACAGUCUCGUGUUCCUUUCGCACUGAGCGGCUUUCAGCGAUGUAGCUCUCUUCUACCUCCUCUCUCACCGUGUCCAACUUCGUACAGCCUAACCUGGCAGAUACGACCGCUCCUUUGUCCCUAGGGUAUCGAGAUUCUGGAACAGUCUACCCGAGGAGGUUUUUCCCAGUUCUACAAACCUUAGGCAGUUCAAAAAUCGGAUUAACAAUUUUCUUUAAGCUCCUCAUAUAACAGCCGCGAUGGCCUAUUAUUUAGGCUACUGCCUGCGCUGCUGCUUCGGUAUAAAAAAACUGGAUGUAAUCCACUAAAAGCUAAAGCUUGCGUUACUUAUAUGCUGGUAUCUAUAACGUAUUGAUAAUAUCGACUUUGUCCGUCCGAUCGACCAUGUUUCAUGCUUACUAUAAAUCAUCAGCACGGUGCGAGUCUCGAGGCAGGACAAUGAACGAAGCAAACGCAUCCUCAUCAAAGGUAUAAAUUCGAAAUACGACAGCACAAAGUGCAUCUAUUUGCCAUCUCAUAUAUUUCCAAUUUUUUUUAAUGUCUGUAUUUUUAAAUCGACGUAUGUACUUUGGAGGGUGGGUGUUUAGUAUGUUAAUUAUGUAUGAUGAGUUAGAUAUGCCAGGAAAAACAGCAUAACAUGUUGAUGCAGUUGUUGAUGAAAAUAAGGAUUUUCUUGCACAAAUUUCACGAUCUCUGUAACGAAACAUCACAUAUUUUUUCGAAAGACUAUGUUCAGGAGCUGCCUCUGUUGAAAGCAACAAAUUUGUGGACAUUUUUAGAUGUAUUUACAAAGCAAGAUUCUACAAGAAGGAAAACCCCCAAUUUUGCCGUAAUACUUGUUUGUCUAUUGAGGCGAUCUUCUGCAAAACAACAUGUUAUGCGGUUUGUUUAACCCGAAAUGAUUCAGCAGUAUUAAGAAGCUAAGCACAAUAGUAUUUUCUAGUCGGUUUAUUUCUACUUGUUGGAAUUCAGUCAUAGUUACAACUGAUGUUAUAUUUUUGGGCAGCUAUAUAACGAUAGUAUAGUCUGAUUUUUUUAGUUGAAUUUAUCAAGCAUUUCCAUGUAAAGCUGCCAGAAAAAACUCUGACUCAACUUAAAAAUACGGACCAAACACCAGAUGACAUCUGGCUGUAAGGCCUUAUCUUUAAAAUUCCAUAAUAUGUGGUCGUUUUCGAUACUAUGUGUAUUUUUUGCGAUCCUUCGUAUCAAUUUAUUAUAGAUAAUUAUCAACUUAUUAUUCAUUGAUUACGAUCUGAAUUGAUAAACAUUGAGAUUAUGCAUCGUCAUCUUUUCCUUGAAAUAAUAAAAUGCUAGAUUCAAAGAUAAGUGUGUUAUUUGUUAAAGAUAAAAUAUUGUGUUAGUCGUAGCUAUGAUGAAUAUCAACACAUUUUUUACAAGGCCAUUAUUGAGUAUGACACACACACAUUAUUCUUUAGAUAUCAUGUGAUGAAUCUAUUUUUUGUAAUAGUCCACUUCAUGAAAUCAUGAUAUACUAGUCAUGUUCCAACUUCAAGAAAUUUCCGAAAAACAUCAUUUUCAUGUUCAUGAUUUGAAAGUCUCAUAUAUCAUCAACGCUUUUAGAUCAGUCAAGAUAAAUGUUAGUUAUGUUCAAAAUUAUACAUUACCAUUGAUUGACUUCUUCUACCUGAGGAUAUGCUCAUAUAUUUGGCUACAGCACCAUCUUUGAGACACUAACCUUUUCAAAACAGAAUUCUAAUGAAACCGAACAUGAUGCUUUCGUCCAUCCGACCAAAAAGACAGCCAACCAUGGACAGCUGUUUCGUGCUUCUUAGCUACUCAUCAGCAUGGUCUAGGCUUGCUGUUUUGUCUCUGGACGAACUAACGAAAGCACUGCAAGUACCCUCUAUACCGGAGGUAGGGCUUAUCGAAAUAAGACAACGCAAAGCGUCAUCUAUCAGACCAGAUUUCUAAUUAUUGGGGAAAGGAGAAUUAUGUGACAAAUUCUCAUUGAUGAUCCGUGGUAUCUUAUUUCAUCUAGGAUAUCUUGCCUUUCUUAAGGUAUGAUACGUUAAUCAAUGCCUUUAGCCAUAAUUUUCGGCAAGAUAUUUGGGAUUAUUCAAAGGGUAAAUUAAAAUUGAGCGUGAAGGUCAAGACGAUUUUUUCAAAUGUAACCCUAUACUUUUGUCUCCGAAAGCAGAUAGAGCGGAAAAUUUUACAUUUAAAUAAGUGCUUUGGUAAACAUUACUUUGUCCUUAACCGUCCUUAUGGAUCUAUGAACGUCCUAAUCAAGGUCACCGUGAGAAACCCUCGUUUGAAAAGAUUUCAUGAAUCUUUCUGAAGUUAGAUAAAAGAUAUAGGUAUGGCUAUCCAGCGGAGACCUUAACCAUGACCUUUAAGGUCAAAUCGUGUUCAGGGCUAUUUUGUCUAGUUACCUGUACUUUGACCACGAAAAUAAAAUUGUUUUUACUUUGAACGUCCUGGUCAAGGUCAUCGUAAAAAACGUCUAUUUGAAGUGAAUUGAGAUUUUUUUCUAAGGAUAAAGUGUAACAAUUCAAAGGGUAAAUUAAAACUAAAAUAGUUUAGGAUUUUUCCUUCGCUAUUCAGGAGUAACUUUGAGCGUGGAGGUCAAGACGAUCUUUUAAAAUUUAACCCUAUACUUGUGUCCUCGAAAGCAGAUAGAGGGGAAAAUUUUACGUUUAAAUAAGUGCUUUGGUAAACAUCACUUUGACCUUCAACGUCAUAAUCAAUCAAGGUCACAGUGAAAAACUCUUUUUUGAAAAGAUUUCAUGGAUCUUUCUGAAUUUAUAUAAAAAAUAAAGACAUUGUUGGUAAUGUAACACGUUGUCCUGGCUAUGCAGCGGAGGGCUUAACUCUUUAAGGUCGAAAUCGUGUUCAAGACUGUUUUGUCUUAUACCCUGUAAGUAUGACCGCGAAAAUAAUGCGAACAAUUUUACGUGAUCUUUUAUGAAAAUUGUUUUGACUUUGAACAUCCUGGUCAAGGUCAUCGUAAAAAACACUCGUUCUAAAAGAUUUGAGGAUGUUUCUAAGGAAGGCGUUGGGAUUCAAAGGGGUUUUAUUUUUUCAUUGGCUAUUCACUGUGACCUUGAAUGUGACAUUUACCAUGAGUGAUGGGAAAAUCAUUAUCUAGACACGUUUUUUGCUUGAUACCCUAUACUUUAGUUCUUGGAUCCGUAUAGAGCGGAACAUUUUACAGGCGUGACCUUGACCACAGACGUUCAAGAUCAAUAUCUGAACUUAAAAUUUUCUGCUCUAUCCAUUUCUGAGGUAGAAGUAUAGGGUCCUAUUUAAAACAAAACGUUUUUAUUAUAAUAAGAUAGUCAAGGUCAUAUUCAAGAUCAUCACUGAAUAUCCAGGUAAAAAUCCUAAAACACGCCUUAUUUUUACCCUGAAUAUUCUAAAAUAUCUUGCCGUUCCGGGACUUUCAGAUCACCCUGUGUAAAAAACGACAUUUUCCGAAAGUGGACAAUUACAAGUGGAUCAUAAACACUACUCACCAUUUUAUCUUUUAAGCACCUACAUUAACAUGUCUUAAUCAGAUAGAAAAAGUUUUAUUUUCAAAAGUCUGACUGUUGGACUAUAAACAAAUUAUGUCAAGGUAUAGGGGACGAUUUUUUUAAUUUAUUUUUUUCAAAUAGUUCUUUAUUGGUGUACUUUAAUUUAGACUUCGCAAUAGAAGUGGCUCAUUUCAAUCCAUCCUAACUCUUGAGUGUUAAGCCCGUUUUAAAUGUUAUGCUGUAGGCGGAAAAGACGUUUUUUAUUUGAAAUUGAUCUGGGCUAUGAAGACUGAAAUUUAAGAUACCUAUUGUACAUAUUUAUUUUAAUGUAGCUUGUAAGUAGAUGUAUUUUUUCCAGUUUGUUUU